CGCAGGCUCUCAGCACGAGACCUGCGUGGCUGUAAUACGGGCCUUCGCUUGAACCACUCUGUCAGCAGCUAUGCGCCGUCUGAAAGAGAAGCUGCAGAGCAGCAAGGCCCCCGACGCCGCCAUCGGACACCUCAAGCGAGCUCUCGAUGUGUUCAACGACGUUGCUGGUAAUGUUGGAGUGCCGGGAUUGCAAAUAGGCGUGAGCGUCCUUUCGACCGUGUUGGCAAUGGUCCAGAAAUCGCAUGCGAACACAGAAAGUAUCAAGGAACUGGCUACGAGGGUAGGAGAUCUGACGAAGAUGGUGCAAGAAAGUGCAGAAAUGCAGGGCGAGAAUAUAUCUGCUCCGACGCAGGACAGAAUCAACGGAUUGCUAGAGUCUUGGAAAAUAAUCGACGGCGAGGCCCAGAGUCUCAAUUCCCGGCACAAAUUCUGGAGAACACUAGGAAGCGACAAGGAAGCAGAAGAGAUCACAGGUUUAGUGCAGAGGAUAUCGUCGUCAAUCGAGGCUUUCACGGUUGGCAGUAUGAUUGCGAUUGAAUCUGCUUUGCAUCAUCACGCGCAUAUUUCCAAGCAAGACUCGCAGAGAGUAGAGGCGAAGAUAGACGUCAUCCCAGAUAUCAUUGUUAAACGCUUAUUAGCUCGCUGGGAAGGCAGCUUUGUACCGCCCCAUGCGGCCCGAGCGCAGUUUGACAGCGACUCUGAACGCAAGGCUUGUCUAGAUGGGACACGUACGGAGAUCUUAGAAAAUAUCUUCAUCUGGGCAGCUGGCCGAUACGUGCCUGGUGGUGCGGCCGGUCCUGCCAAGGGCUCUACCCUCCAGCAACGCAACAUUCUCUGGCUCAACGGCUUACCCGGCACCGGCAAGACAACGUUAUCAUUCUCCGUUGCAAAGGAAUGCCAUCGUCGUGGCAUCCUAGGUGCAAGCUUCUUCUGUUCUCGAUCCGAUGCCGAUUGUAGCAAGCCCUCCAUGAUCUUCACUACCAUCGCGUAUCGCCUCGGACUGUUCUACGAACCUUAUAAGGACCGUGUCACAGAGAUACUCAAGAACGAUCCCGAUCUAGUAGACUCUCAAGUCUCUCGUCAAUUCGAAGAGCUCAUAGUGCAGCCAUUGGCGCUCCUCCGCGAGGGCUUCUCUCCAUGUGUUGUGGUGAUCGAUGCACUGGACGAGUGUCAGCAACCUCAGAUCACCUCCACGAUCUUAUCGACCCUGCUCGAACAUGCGGACCAUCUCUCCCCACUGCGAUUUUUCGUCACCAGCCGGCCCGAACGGGACAUUGUGGCCACAUUCGACACUCCCAACUACCGCGAUGCAUUUGGCAAACUACUCCUACAUGCAGUCGCAUUGCAGCCCGUAACCACUGCGGACAUCAAGCGGUACCUUACGGUGUCACUGUCAGAUAUCAGACGGUAUUUCGGCUUGGCGGAUACCUGGCCCAACGAUACCGAUAUCGAGACACUCAGCAAGAUGGCUGGCGGCCUGUUCAUCUUUGCCGCGACCGCCAUCAAAUUUAUCAAAGACCGUCACUACAACGACCCAAUUGGACAGCUGAAAAGACUCAUAUCCGCAGCAAGUUCACGCGGCUCCCAUGCGCUGCUUGAUGAGCUAUAUCUUCAGGUGCUCAAAACUGCCACAGCUAAUAUGUCGGCGAGUCUUUCGAAGCGACUUCAGACUAUUCUUGGCUCCAUCGCCACCAUUAAGGAUCCCCUUCCCCUAUCUGGCCUCUCGCAACUACUUGGGCUCUCCACCGAUAUCGUAUACAGCUCCCUCGUCGGUCUCCACUCCGUACUCGUAAUACCGGACACUCAAGAUUCUGCGGAGAAUAUCCGCAUUAUCCAUCCGACCUUCCCCGAGUUCUUGCUCGACCCGAGCCGCUGCACGAACCGUUCAUUCACCAUCGACCCACAACGACAGAACACACUGCUACUACGCAGGUGUCUCUACGCGUUGAGGGAGCUGAAGCGAGAUAUCUGUGACAUUCGGGACCCUUCUUUACUCAACACCGAGGUUCCCGACCUGCCGCGGCGUAUAGAGGGUGCGAUCCCGGCACACCUGCAGUACGCCUCUCGGCACUGGUGCACUCAUCUUUCAAGCUGCGAAAUAUCAGACAAUAUCCUUGACGGACUUCUCAAGUUAGUGCAGAGGCGACUGCCACACUGGCUCGAGGCCUGUAGUCUGCUCGGAGUAUUAAGGGAUGUUGUUCCGGGUAUCAACGAGGCGCAACGGAUACUCAGGGACAUUGACGAUGAUCGAGCGAGGGGCAUCAUCGUCCUGUUGAAUGACUGCGAACGGCUGCUCGUCGGCCACUUCCCUGCGAUUAGCGGCUCAGCGCUACAGCUAUACUAUUCGGUUUUGCCAAUUAUUCCGACGAAGACGAUGUUUACAUGGACAUACGCACACGAGCGUUUUGCAGGGAGCUCCAUCAAGGUCUUCGGCAGCAUCCCGGACGCUUGGAAUGCCUGCUUGGGUACGGUCAACGCACAUGGAGGUCGUUCGGUCGAGGCGGUUGACUUCUCGCCCAACGGCAGGACGAUUGUCUCGUCAGGGUGCGACUCCAAGAUACGCCUCUGGGAUGCGCUGACGUGCGCCCUACUUCUGGUUCUCUCCGGUCAUUCAAAAUGGGUUCGCUCCGUCAAGUAUUCUUCGGAUGGCACCCGCAUAGCUUCUGCUGCUGAAGAUGGAACGGUCAAAGUCUGGGACGCCGUGUCUGGUGUGCUCAUCCGCACCCUGGAAGGGCACGUGUACGGAGUCCUCUGCGCAGUCUUCACACCCGACGGCAGGCGUAUCGUAUCUGGCUCUGACGAUCGUUCUGUCAAGAUUUGGGACAUGCAGACAGGUGCCUGUUUGGCAACCUUAACCGUGCACAACGACAACGUCAGAUCUGUUGCCGUGUCUCGGGACGGCCGUUGGAUGGCGUCGAGCUCGGCGAACCAAGUCUACCUGUGGAAUCUGGAGGCGUCGACGUGCACUCAUCAUGUCUCGAUAACUCCCGAAAGCGAAGGCUUUACUUUUCGUGAUAUUGCCUUCACGCCAGAUAACUCCCAAGUUGUGGUUGUAUUGGCUAGCAGUAACUUGGCGAAGCUGUCGGUCUGGGACGUCAAAACCGCGAAACACCUCCGCGACCUCCAGCCAUCAGGCCGAUCGUUCUCGCGGAUCGGCAGGCUAAGCUUUCUUCCGACCGGAAAUAAGCUCACCUGUGGAGCAGGGAAAACUAUCCUCGUCUUAGACUUUGCAGAUGGCGAGGUUCGACACGAAUUUUUCGGUCACACUCCUGGCCGCAACAUUAACAGUGUCACUUAUAAUCAAGACGGGACUCGCAUCGCGUCUGGCUCGAGCGAUGGCACUAUUCGGCUGUGGGACGUGUCGCGGUCUGCGGCGAUCAAGUCACAGCCUGAGUACGUCAGCAAACCAUCCAAUCUGCCCAGUGAGAAAUUGGCCGACUACCGCUUGGCCGUCUUCUCCCACGACGCGAGUCGCGCGCUAUUGGUGGCCGACGACAGCUACCGAUCCAGUAGUAUCGAGGUGGUGAAGACCGAUUCGUGGGACCGUGUGUACAAGCCUCUGUCUCUACCCUCCGGACGCUCGCAUUAUGCGGGGUUUUCGCCAGAGGGUGCAACGAUCCUUACGGCAUCGAAGGGAGAUCGUGUUAAGGUGAUACUCUGGGACGCUGCUUCCGGAUUGCCGCGCCUACAGCUUGAGGACGAGCUCUCCGCUGCGCUCUGGUCCUGCUCCUCCGUGGGCACCUUCAUGUGGAGCGGUGUCUUGGGCUACAUGCCCCACUGUUUCGGCGGCUAUUCUUCGUCGGCAAUGUUCUCGCAAGACAGCUGUUACUUGCUCACGAAGACUUUACCUAAAGAUUGGAACUCUGGAGGGUACCCCGCUUGUCUGUGGAAUGCCACGACGGGCAAGCUCACUCGAGAGUUUGAUGGACAUAGCCGCGAUGUCACCUCCGUCGCUUUCUCGCUGGACGGUAGACGCAUUGCAACGAGCUCCUAUGAUUGGACUGUCAUCGUUUGGGAUGCCACCACCGGAGCAUCUCUAGCAACGUGUAGGGGACAUAAGAAGUGGGUUACCUCGGCCGCCUUCUCUCCAAGUGGAGAACGUGUGGCCUCCGGAGACAGUUGUGGUCGCAUUCUAGUGUGGAAUACGGAGGGAGGGGAACAGCUCCAGGCGUUCGAGUGGUAUAUAGAUGAAGUAUGGUCAGUCGCCUUUACACCGGCUGAGGACGUCAUCAUCUCCUUCUCAGGCGACAACACCAUGCGAUUCUGGUGCAUCGAAUCAGGCGCCUGCCUCCUCGUUCUCCAUCCAGACACCUGGUACCGCACCCUGCACCUGUCCCCCGACGGCUCCGGAAUCUUACUCGACAACGACAAACGACUUGUUCAGCUGUGGGUUCCUACCAACGCGGACACGCAGACAACGGCACCGCUUCCUUGGCUUCCGCGUCGCACCUGGCCUAUAUACUACAUUGAGGACGGCUGGAUAUUCUCUUUGGCGCCGUCCCGGCGGACACGGCUGUGCUGGAUUCCGCUAGACUGGCGUGGUCUGGUGGGAUACCUUGGACAUGACGUGGUGUUACAGAGCGGGCAUAAGCUAAAUUUCUCGAGAUUAAGUAGGCGUUUGGAGAGCUUGCAUAGUGAUCGCGCGCAGUAGUGUAUUCCGGACGUACGUUGUAGGACAUCUCUCAGACAUUUUUCCCAGAAAGAGCCUAUAUAGAGACAUCUGCUGCAGAGCAGAGAAGAUUGGAAUCGG